AUGCACAUCAGAUCACAUACUGGAGAGAAACCUUAUAAAUGUGAUGUUUGUAACAGUGCGUUUACAUCUAAUCGCAACCUAGUUAGACACAUUCGCACGCACACUGGAGAGAAACCAUUUAAUUGUGAUUUUUGUAAUAAGUCAUUUUCAACUAGAGGUUACUUGAAAAGUCAUAUAAGGUUACAUACUGGAGAGAGACCCUAUGUAUGCGAAUUUUGCAAUAAUUCUUAUGUAGCCGAUACUGAUUUGAAGAAACAUAUGAGAACACACACUGGGGAGAAACCAUAUAGUUGCAAUUUUUGUCACAAAGCUUUUUCCCAGAGUUGUUACCUUACAAUACAUGAAAGAAUUCAUACAGGAGAGAAACCCCAUACUUGUGAUGUUUGUAGUAAGUCAUUUGGCACAACCAGUGAGUUAAAUAACCAUGCUAGAUUACACACUGGAGAGAAACCUUUUCAAUGUCAAUAUUGUGGUAAAUCAUUUGCUAGAAAGUGGUCUUUGACAUUACAUGUAAGAAUGCACACAGGUGAAAAACUUUCAUCUUGUGAGUUUUGUAGCAAAUCAUUUGUUAAAAAAAGUGAUUUAAAGAAACACAUCAGAACUCACACUGGAGAGAAACCUUACAAAUGCGACAUUUGUAGUAAAUCAUUUGCAGGAAUUUGUGGGAAAAUCUUCUCUUAUAGCAAGCUGAUGAGACAUGUUCCUAAACAUCAAAUGAGGAAUAUUGGAGAAAAACCUUUAGAAUGUGACAUUUGUGGUAAAUCAUUUAUUACAAGUGGUGUAUUAACUAGACAUAUGUGGGUACAUAGUGGAGAGAAACCUUAUAAAUGUGACAUCUGUAGUAAAUCAUAUCCAGUUAAUUCUGAAUUACAAAGACAUAUGAGAAUACAUACUGGAGAGAGACCUUACAGAUGUCAUUUUUGUGGUAAGGCAUUUAUAAGAAAUUGUGAUCUGACAACACAUCAAUGGAUUCACACUGGAGAAAAUCCGUAUAAGUGUGACUUCUGUAGUAAAUCAUUUCCUCACAAAGGUCAUCUUUUGCGUCAUAUCAGAACACAUACUGGGGAGAAACCUUAUGAAUGUUAUGUUUGUAAUAAAUCAUUUAGGACUAAUGGUGAUUUGACUAGACACAAAAGGACACAUACUGGGGAUAGACCCUAUCUGUGUGUUCUAUGUAAUAAAACGUUUGCUCAGAGAAGUACUCAUUCAAGUCAUGUUAAGACACAUUUUGGAGAGAAAACUUUUAAAUGUGAUGUUUGUGAUAAAUCAUAUGCUUCCAAGACUGGGUUAACUAUACAUACAAAGAAACAUACUGGGGAAAAGCCUUAUACAUGUGGUGUGUGUGAUAGGUCAUUUAAUAGAAAAUAUGACGUUACAAUUCAUAUCCGGACACAUUCUGGAGACAGACCAUAUCAAUGUGUUCUCUGUAGUAAAUCAUUUACUACAAAAAGUGAAUUGACAAGACAUGUCAGAACACAUACUGGAGAAAAACUUCUUAAAUGUGAGAUUUGUAACAAAACUUUUUAUCAAAAAAGUCAUUUCACAUAUCACAUGAGGACUCAUACUGGAGAGAAACCCUUCAAAUGUGACUUAUGUGAUAAAUCAUUUUCGUCUAAAAGUCAUUUGACUCCACACAUACAGUCCCACACUGGAGAGAAACCUUAUCCAUGUAAUGUCUGUGAUGAAGCAUUUACCAAGAAAACUAACUUGGCUAUUCAUAUGAAAACUCAUCUUUGAAUGAUCCUAGCAUAAAAUUUAUAUUAUAAACAUAACGAAUAAUUUUUUCUACCCAAUCCCCGAGUACCCAGCCAAAACUACACAUGCCACAUUUUUGUUAUGCGCUAAUACAAUUUCCAUAUCAAACUUGUGAAACUUUAGGAAAUAAGUGUAAUUUGACACAUUUUUGUCGGUGUGUGUAAAAUUCUGAAUUCCCGAACUGUCCGAAUUGGGUCAGAAAAGACAAAAAAAUCGGAUCUAAAUUGCGCCAAAGGUCGUGCACAAAUUCGGGAAUCAAAACAUUUUACAUUAAAAAAGGAAUACUUUUAAAAGCCUUUAUUUGGUCACAUCACAAUUUUUUUUCUUUAUUUUUCGUGUAUACUGUGCUAAUUUAUAAUGAUGCCGUCUAUGAAUUGAUAAUUUUUAUUUUUAAUAAAUAUAAGU